GCCGGGGCGCGGGAGGCGGCGCGCGCGGGACCCAUCGCAGCGCCGGGGCCAGACGGAGCUCCGAGCCUCGCGGUCCCGGACGCCAGCGAAGAUCUGCUCCGGCCAUGUGGGGUCCCGGGGUCACCGCCGAGGGCCUGUCUGUGGCUCCAGCACCACCGCCGCUGCUGCCGCUGCUGUUGCUGCUGGCGCUGGCGUUGGUGGCGCCCUCGCGGGGCGGCGGGGGCUGCGCGGAGCUGGCGUGCGGUGAGCGGGAGCGCUGCUGCGACUCGGCCAACGCCACGGCCGUGCGCUGCUGCAAGCUGCCGCUCCACGCCUUCCUGGACAACGUGGGCUGGUUCGUCCGCAAGCUCUCUGGGCUGCUCAUCCUGCUGGUGCUCUUCGCCAUCGGCUACUUCCUGCAGCGCAUCAUCUGCCCCAGCCCACGCAGGUAUCCGCGUGGCCAGGCACGACCUGGCCAGGCACGACCCGGGCCUCCCGGGGCUGCGGGACCGCCGGGGACCGCGGGGCCACCCGACGACGACGACGACUCGCCCGCUCUGCUGCGCGACGAGGUGGCCGCGGGCUCGCAGGACUCAUUGCUGGACAGUGGCGGUGGUCGGGGCCGAGGAGGUGGCGGACGCCUGCCUCCCUCCUGCGUUUCGGAGCACGAGCUGCGCGUGGUGUCACCGGUGUUUCUCCAGCUACCCAGCUACGAGGAGGUCAAGUACUUGCCCACCUAUGAGGAGUCCAUGCGGCUGCAGCAGCUCAGCCCGGCGGAGGUCGUGCUGCCCGUGUCGGUGCUCGGCCGCCCGCGAGGAGGCAGUGCUGGGGACCUCGACGGCGGCCAGGGCCGUUUCCCGCUCAUCUGAGUUCAAGGAGCCUCAUGGAAAUCGCCUGGAUCGUACAAGGUUGGGGGCUGCGGGUGGCACGCAACAGCUGGUGUGUUGGCGGCCGCCACUAACUGCCUCUGACCACACCUAGUAUCCCCGCACAACCUGUAGCCCAGCGCCUGGGUUGGGGUCAGUCUCCUCCCUCUCGCUUCCCGGGGAAUCUGUGUUUUUCUAUGUUUCUUUGGGCUCAAGGCUGGGCAGCUCGGCGGGGCAACGGCUUAGGACUAGCCCCUAGCUCUUCUUGGACGGUCGUCCCCGCCCUCUGCCAUGCCUCCCCUUGUGUUCACUGUAAGUGCCUGCUUCUCCAAUCCAAAAGAACAGGUAAACCGUUCGGUGUGUCUAGAGACCAGCGGCUUGCUUUACUGUUAAAAGGGAAGGAGCAUAUGUCCAUUCCUUGCUCUCCUGCUUGGACGGGUCAGAGUCUCCCAGGACAUAAUGGUGAGGAGCCUUUGGCUCUGGACCACGACCAGUGACUGCUGCAUGCAGUCUGUGGAAGCAGCACUUGGCUGUGAUGCAAUCCCUUGAGAAGGACCCAGAAAACCCUUUGGUGUUUUCCUGGCUCACAGUUUUGUUGGGGAAGGGGUACCAUGAUGGAUGGCUUAGUGGCUGCAUCUGUUCAAGAUGUAGCAACUAAUUAGUCCAGACCGUAUUUGUAAUGUGGUAACGGCGGUCUUUGAUUUUUCAGUAUGUAGACUGUUUAUUUUGUCCUUUAUUUUUAUAUUUUAUCAUGCAUUAGACAGUUCAACAAAUUAAUAAGAUAAUCAGUUUUGUUUUAGGCCAGUUACCGUCAAGAAAUCGCCCACGUGCUGUCACUGUUUAAUACAGUGUUGGACAUCAUUUCAUUAAGGGGGAUCAGGGUCAAGCAGGAAAUAUGACAUAAAAACAUGAAGGAUAUCUUAUUUUCACUAUUUGAGAAUAUAUUUUAUUUUUAGUACUGAAGCAUAAUACAUAACUUUUUAUAAUAACUGUGUACAUUGUGUAGCCUGGCUCUGAACUAUAUAAUUCAUCAUGGAAUCAUCUGAGAUACAUUCUGCAAUGUAAUUCUAAACAUAAAGAUGGACUUGUAACUUUCGUUUAAAUCUGAAAUUUUUCAGUAAUGUCCAAAGAUGGAUUCACCCAACCUAUGUUCAUUAAAAUUAAGUGGUAUCAUUUUACUAGAUUUACCAUUCUGAGACAUUCCCUUUAAGCAAAGGGUAAUAAGACACAUUUUAAUGCAUCAAGUAUAAUGUACAUAUAGUAAUGUCUGUGUACACUAUAUACAUUGUAUGCCAUAUAGCUGUGGUGGCUUACUGCUAGCAUGAGAGGAAAGGUGGCGAGAAGCCCAGCUUCCCCUGGAGAAGUGUGAAGAGUACCAGUUGUCAAGAAAGAUUACCCACAUGGGUCUAUGACUGAAGAAGCUGGCUGGGCCUAAGAAAUCUUCAAUUAGCUGAUUUGUAUUUUUAAAAAUGAUUUGAUUACUUUUAACUUUUAAAGGGUGAUUGAAAAAGUCUGAUGUCCUGGGAACUUUUUUAAUGUAUGGGUUAUAAUAAAAAGAAUGGUUUGCUUUAAACUUCUCAAAGCUAAUGACCCUGUCAUUAAAGAAAAUCAUCUG